CAAACGUUCACUUGGUACCGGUAAAGAUGUCGGCUGUUGUUGAACAAUACGCUAAUCAUGUCCGUCAGCUUACACAACAAGGCGAAUUCGACCAGCUUUGCGAAACCAUCUCUAAAUUUUCUGAAGGAUUAGCUAAACAUCCUGGUCUCUUGGAUAAUUUAUUGGCAACCUUUAAUGUCCAAGAGCAUUCCUUAGGAGUACUAGGAAUAUUAUGUAUUAAAUUCAACGUGUCCACAAUAUCAUCUGAUAGUGACAGCCUACUUACGCAGACAUCGGAAUUUCUUGUCAACUGUAAUGGAGAACAAGUUCGAUGUUCGCCAGACAAUUUUGCUGUUGUGUGCCACCGUUAUUCUGAAGCCUUGAUUAGAAAAAAGCAAGCCAAACGAGGAAUACGCCCGCUGAUGCGAGCAGUUGAAAAGUUACAAACGAACGAAAACCAACUCACUUCCGCUCACGCCGAUUUAUGCUUACUUUGUUUACAAGCAAAAGUAUUCAAGCCGGUGGUUAGAUAUCUUGAUUGCGAUAUAGAUGAUAUUAAUACAGAAAAGAAAAAGUUUGACGUCAAACAUUUCCUGUUAUAUUGUUAUUAUGGUGGAAUGAUUUAUACUGGACUUAAGAACUAUGAUAGAGCACUAUUCUUAUUUGAAAAUGCUAUAACUGUACCAGCGGUUGCUGUAAGUCACAUAGUCAUUGAAGCGUACAAAAAGUAUAUUUGCGUUUCUUUACUGGCUGAUGGGAAAUUACGGCAAUUACCAAAGUACACAAGCAAUGUCAUACCCCGCUAUGUAAAGCAACUGUGCCAGGCUUAUCAUAAUCUCGCUCACGCCUACUGCAGCAAUGACCCUAACCAAGUUACAAAUGUCAUUGCAAAAAGUCAGCAAGACUUUGUCCGUGACGAAAUGCUUGGACUAGUUAAGCAAACUCUUGUAUCGUUGUACAAACGAAACAUUCAGAGGCUAACCAAAACAUUUGUUACUCUAUCAUUGAGUGAUAUGGCUAAUCGAGUAGGUCUGGAAAACGCGAGGGAAGCAGAAAAAUAUGUACUUCAAAUGAUAAGCGAUGGUCAAGUUUAUGCAAAAAUUGAUCAGCACAACGGCAUGGUUACCUUCCUAGACUGUGAACAAUCGUCUAACACAGUAAACAUGCAAGAAUACAUAGAUAAAAGAAUUGGCGAAUUUAUCAAGCUAGAUGAAAAAAUUCAGGCGAUGGACAGAUCUAUUCUCACUAAUCCUCAAUUUGUUCAAAAGAGUCAUGGGCAGCAUGAUGAAGAAUCGACGCCUUCGACCAUACGAUUCCCUAUACCGCUAAGCUAA